UCUCGUAGCUCCCCCUCCCUUCCCUCUGCCUCCCGGGCUCCGGCUGCAGCGUCAGCCUCGGCCCGGCCUCUGUGGCUGCCGCGGCCCCAAUCCCUCGGCUUCAGCCCCUGCGUCCCUUGGCGCCUCUCGGCCCCGAUCCGCAGCGCCGCCCAUCCUCGCCCCCCCGGCGCCGGCCUAGGCCGCGGCCGCAGCCCCGCGCUCGCGUCGGCGCCGCCCGCUCCCGGCCCGCCCCCUAUGGGCCCCGGCUAGAGGCGCCGCCGCCGCCGGCCCUCGGAUCCCCGAUGCUGGCCCGGAGGAAGCCGGUGCUGCCGGCGCUCACCAUCAACCCCGCCAUCGCCGAGGGCCCGUCCCCCACCAGCGAGGGCGCCUCCGAAGCAAACUUGGUGGACCUGCAGAAGAAGCUAGAGGAGCUAGAACUUGACGAGCAGCAGAAGAAGCGGCUGGAAGCCUUCCUCACCCAGAAGGCCAAGGUCGGGGAGCUCAAGGACGAUGACUUUGAAAGGAUCUCGGAGCUGGGAGCCGGGAACGGUGGGGUGGUCACCAAGGUCCAGCACAGACCCUCGGGCCUCAUCAUGGCAAGAAAGCUGAUCCACCUGGAGAUCAAGCCAGCCAUCCGGAACCAGAUCAUCCGUGAGCUGCAGGUGCUGCAUGAGUGUAACUCCCCAUACAUCGUGGGCUUCUACGGGGCCUUCUACAGCGACGGCGAGAUCAGCAUCUGCAUGGAGCACAUGGAUGGUGGCUCCCUGGACCAGGUGUUGAAAGAAGCCAAGAGAAUCCCCGAAGAGAUCCUGGGGAAGGUCAGCAUCGCGGUUCUGCGGGGCCUGGCGUAUCUCCGGGAGAAGCACCAGAUCAUGCACCGAGAUGUGAAGCCAUCCAACAUCCUCGUCAACUCCCGAGGGGAGAUCAAGCUGUGCGACUUUGGGGUGAGCGGGCAGCUCAUCGACUCCAUGGCCAACUCCUUCGUGGGCACGCGGUCCUACAUGUCUCCGGAGCGGCUACAAGGCACCCACUACUCGGUGCAGUCAGACAUCUGGAGCAUGGGCCUGUCCCUGGUGGAGCUGUCCAUUGGAAGGUACCCCAUCCCCCCGCCGGACGCCAAGGAGCUGGAGGCCAUAUUUGGCCGGCCCAUGGUCGACGGCGCGGAAGGAGAGCCUCACAGCGUCUCGCCGCGGCCGAGACCCCCCGGACGCCCCAUCAGCGGUCAUGGGAUGGACAGCCGGCCGGCCAUGGCAAUCUUUGAGCUGCUGGACUACAUCGUGAACGAGCCUCCUCCCAAGCUGCCCAACGGCGUCUUCACCCAGGACUUCCAGGAGUUUGUAAAUAAAUGCCUAAUUAAGAACCCAGCAGAGCGAGCAGAUCUGAAGAUGCUCAUGAACCACGCCUUCAUCAAGCGGUCCGAGGUGGAAGAAGUGGAUUUUGCUGGCUGGUUGUGUAAAACGCUGCGGCUGAACCAGCCCAGCACGCCCACGCGCACCGCCGUCUGACGGUCCCACCACCGACAGACCCGCUCCCCCCCCCGCCCCUCCCGCUGCACCCUCCGCGGGGAUGCGCGCGUGGCCCUCGGGCCCGGGGAGGCCGACGCUGCUGUGCUGUCUUCUCAGAACCUGCUUCCUUAGGUUUAAAGAAAAAAACCGAAACAAAACAGGGAAAGAAAACGCAAA